AUGGCUGAACACCAGGCGUACAGGCCAGAGAAACCCAAACACCCCGACCGCCUGUGGGUCUGGGAGAAGAACGUGUACUUGGAUGAGUUUCGUCGAAGCUGGCUCCCCAUAAUCCCCAAGAAUGAAGGGAAGUUACAGGUGCUUUUGCGCCAGGAAGAUGUCCCCUUGGGCGCCGGUAUGACCCCGGCACAGCUGGAGCCAUAUGAGCUGCCUUUAAUGUGGCAACUAUACCCAGAGGACCGGUACCGAAGCAGUGACUCCGGGUUCUGGAAAAUAGUGUACCACAUCAAGUUCAAAAACGUGGAGGACUUGCUACUUGAAAAGAUGGACUCUGAUGAUGACGACGACGGCAACAGAAACGAUGACGACGACGACGAUGAGUAA